GGAAUCUGCCUCCGCCCACCUAUUACGGUUGCUUGGGCCGACGACGUCUGCUGGAUGGUAUCUUUUGGACCGUGGCACUGGAGGAGCCAGCAAUCAAUGGUCCCUUCGAUUCGGAGGCGGCCUUCAUCGAAGCACUGCCGUUGAAAUACACCUACGAUGGUCGAUCAGGCUACCGCGCCGAUUACUACCGCCAGACUCUUCCACAGGUUUUACGAGGUCAUUGCCCGACCAUUCACCCAUGGCGACUUCCAAAGGAAAAACAUCAUGGUUCAGCGCCUGGAAGGCGACUCGCAACAUCCUCAACUUCCUUCGUGGCGCAUCCAUAUCAUCGACUGGGAAAAGUCUGGCUGGUAUCCCACGUAUUGGGAUCACGCCAUGGCUUCUUGUGCGCUACGAUGGGACGAUGACUGGUGCCUCUGGGUCCAGAAGGCGCUCGAUCCCUACCCUUCUGAAGCUGCCUGGCUACAAAUCAUCCGCCCAGAGCUCUGGUCUUGAGGCUAUUUUGAC